AUGAGUAAAAAGGAGGAGAUAAUAGAAAUAAACCUUGAAGAAAAGAUUCAAUAAGAGAAAAGAAAUAAGUAAAAUGUGAGAAAAGGGUACUAAGAAAAGAGAUAGAAAUUAUAAGCAUUCACUAAUGAUAGACAUAGAAAUGACAAUCGCAAUCCUGGGACUUUUGUUGAUAUUACAAACUUGCAUUAUAGUGUUACAAAUGAAGAAUUGAAAGAGUUGGCUUAACAAUUUGGGAAGGUGAAGAGAGCCUAAGUGGAAUGGGAUAAAAUGGGCAGAUCACUUGAAUAAGGCUAUGUAGAAUUUUUUUAUGUAUCAGACGCAAAAAAGGCAGUUGAGAAUUUAAACAACACAACGAUUGAGAGUUUACCAAUGAAAGCCUAAUUAAGAGAUUAAACUACGAGAAGAGGCAUGUUCAAGCGAUGA